GGCUGCGCGUUUUGACCCUCGCGGGUUGCCGUAGUGGCGGUUCCAGUCCGAGUGUACAGUUUUUCAAAUUCUUAUUAUAUUCAAAUGAUUGCUUAGAAAAAACUGCGAAUAUUAAUCGAGGUGUUUUCUUAACAAAACCGAAUUUGUUGCAUCAAUCCAGGAGUGACUUUGUCCGUAAACCUUACGUGUUGCUAUGGAGGAGGUGACCCGGUUGGUGUCAACAGGCGACUGCCUGAAGAUCUGGGAUGCCACCUCCAUGAGUGUGGUGGAGCAGUUCAACCCUCAUAGUGCCAGUCACCCACUAGCACAGAUGUGCUGGAGCAGUAGCAAUCAGUACAUUGUCAGUGCCAGCAGUAUAGGAGACAAGCUGGUAGUGACCAGUCUGAAAUCCUCACCGGUGCCAGUGAUGGAGCUUGCAGAAGGGAAAAAACAGACACGAGUCGCACUGAAUUCAACAUCACAGUUCCUGGUCAGUGGGGGACUGGAUAACACGGUGAACAUCUGGGACCUAAAGACAAAGAGAUUACAUCGCAGCCUUAAGGACCAUAAGGAGGAAGUGACGUGUGUAUCCUUUAAUGGUGGCGAUAGUUACAUAGCAUCUGGUUCCACCAGCGGGGACAUCAUCCUCCACAGCAUUACCACCAAUCUGUCCAGCAAAGCCUUUGGCCAUGGGCCAAAUGAGCCUGUACAUGAUUUGAAGUAUUCACUGAUAAAGCGGUCUCUCUUGGGGAGUGUGUCAGACAGUGGCUCAGUCGUACUCUGGGAUGCAAACACACAGAAGGAACUUCACACGUUUGAAGGAGCACACAAAGCUCCAGCAUCAGGCCUGGUCUUUUCUCCAGCCAAUGACCUGCUUUUUAUUACAGUUGGGUUGGAUAAGAAGAUUGUCUGCUAUGACACUUCCAGCAAAGUUAUUUUUCGUAGUAAGCAGGUCGAGUCCCCGCUAACAGCUGUAGACUUUACUCCGGAUGGAGCAGGGCUUGUAGUGGGCUCCACGCAGGGGCGGAUCUACAUGUAUGAUCUUCGUAAUUUAAGUGCUCCUGUCAAAACCACAACCGCUCACAAGACCUCAGUUACGUGCAUCCGCUUCCAGCACUCCAACACUAGGCUAAAGACUAGUAAAACGGUGUCUGGUAAGAUGUCGUCUUCUCAAUCCAAGAGAAUCUCGGUUAAGCUGGGGCAGAACCAGCAGAGUGGUCCUUCUACACCAACCUCCUUAGUUCCUGUAGUCCCUGAACAGCAGCCAGUAACCCGAGGAGACGGACAGGCUCAGAACCACGGGAGUGUAGGUGGUUCCGAGGUGUCAUCUAGAGAGGCUGAAGGCCAACACAGUCUGGAUAAGUUCAACAGUGUGGGCCGAAACAGCCUGAACCUAGACAUCUUCUCACCUGUAGCUGAUGGGUUUAAAACACAUGGUUUCAUUAGUGAUACUCCAACUUCAAGAAAUGGAGGCAGUGCUGAUGUGUUCUUUAGAGAACCUGAAGGACAACACAGUUCUGAAAAGUUUAGGGUGGGUCGCAACAGCCUGGACAUCUUUUCUCCUGUCCGAGAUGAUUACAAAGGGCAUAGAGUCAGCGAUGCUUCAAGUGGAAAGAAAGAUUUAGAUUUCUUACCUCAGCAAGGUUCAGCCCAUCGUAAGAACCCACUGGGUACACCAGGUACUCGCUGCUACAGUCCUCUGUCUGCUGUCCACACACCACCUCCAAUCAAAGAGGAAGAACCUGUCACAUCACCCACACAUACGGACACACAGAACAACACGGUGGAGAAGACAAAUUUUCCAAGGCAGAAUGUUCUGACCACACCCCCAGCUCCUCAAAGCACACACAUGCAAUCAGUGCCUUUAUUCAACACUCCUGAACCCAGUCAGAGAAGAGAGGUACCAACCCAACUCAGUUACGAUUCGCCAGUGAGUAGCAGUCAACCUACAGCUGAAUCAGCAGCAGCAGCAGCAGGCGCAUCUGGUGCUGCCAGUAGUGGAGCACCACUCACCUCUGUCCAGAUGAAUUUUGUGCGCAAUAUGAUCCAUGAAGCUCUAGAAGAUUUCAGAGAUACAUGCCAUAGGGAUAUCAUCAAUCUUCAAGUGGAAAUGGUGCGGCAGUUCUACAUUCAGCUGAACGAAAUCCAUGGGCUCAUUGAGAGGUACUCUGUGAAUGAGAGUCUGGUGGAGGAGAUUGAGAAGCUGAAGGAGGAGAACAGGCGACUCAGAGCCAAUUACUAAGAAACAAGUGGCUACCUGUUUGACAUGUAGAGUGUGCACAGUACAGGUUUAGGCCUGAGGCAUGUGAUAGCACUACAGUGCUGGCCUAACUGAUAAAGGACCCAGAGAUUUUUCCAUUUUCCUGCUGAUGUCUAAAGUAUGUACUCAUGCCCUAAGGACAAGCACACAGCCUUAUCACCAGCACACAUUUGUAAGGUUACCCCAUGUAUGUGCCUUAAAAUAAGAGUGAUUAUUAUGUUUUUGUCUCAAUUUUGUGCAUAUUUUAUAACAGCUAAUUUGUUAUCAAAUGUAGCCAUAUCAUAUGGCUUACAUGUUUUGUAAUAGAUAACAAGAGUGUAUGAUAACUUUAUAAUCAAUACUGAUGAUAUUAUACAUUAGAAUGAUACAUUUUGGGGACAUCAAUAUUGACACAGUCCAUUAAAACACCAAGUAUACUUCUGUGGCCAUAUGUGAAGAAAAAAACAAAACAAGCUGAAUCAAAGGAUGGAUCUGUUUCCAGCGCUUACAGUGAACUUUUGUAGUAGUCAUGAAAACAUUUGUAUGUUAAAUAAAUUAUUGCAAUGAA